GCUGUAGAGGAACCAAUGAAUGAGAGGAUCCAUUAGCCUAGCUAUCGAUUUGAAGGGUGGGGUUGGGAUCUCCACUUCUAGAGUAAUUAGUCCAAUUGAUUGGCCUCUCAGGUUGGGGGAGUGAUCUUCAUGGACACACUGGAAGAAGCAGUUGAGGUGUGAGGAGCCUGGUCUACGAAGGUGGUGUCAAGGUUUUAUCCAAGCGGCUUCCGCUCUUGAAGGGCUUCUUUUGGGGGCUUUUGUUUAGUCCCAGCCCCUCCAGUGCUCUAUUAGGCACUCAAACCUUUUCCGUAACUUGUAGACCUUUUAGAGCUUGUGGGUCAUGUACAGCCAACAGGCUUUCCCUCCAUUUAUUCUGAACCCUGCUAUCGUCCAAUAUGGGGGUUACCACCACCCCUCCCAAGCCUUUUUCUCCCCAGCUGUGAUAACAGACCAUGGGGCUUUGGCUAAGUUCUUAGCUUGGAACCACGCUCCUCAGCUGGAGCCCCCUAGUCACCUCAAUUUCUGUGCACCCCCACGUCAUCCGCUCAACAUGGAGACCCCCGGCAUGGUUGAGAGCAUGAAGACUGAGCGGAGUGAGGAUGGAUCGGUAAAGGAGAGGAGUUGCCUUAUUCCUCAGUAUUACACCCAUGACUGGAUUCCAGCCUUCUGGCCAGGGAGCCCUAAUUUUCCCAGCCAGACCCAGGAAAACGCCAGCGUUCCAGGCUCAGAAGGGUACCUGACACCGCCAGGCUCAGAAGGGUACCUGACACCGCCAGGCUCAGAAGGGUACCUGACACCGCCAGGCUCAGAAGGGUACCCGACAACGCCCAACCAGAGUCCCAACACGACGGUGGUGGCUAAACUGGAGAGCAGCGCCCCCACCCAAGAGGUGGCCAAAGAGAGCAACUCGCCUGCCGGCUCGACCGUGACCAGUCUGGAGGCCCAGGAGAAGAUUUUGUCUGAAGACUCGGAGGACACGCUGGAAAUGACCAGUAAGAUGGAAAUGGAGAAGUUUGCUAGGGACAUGAAGCAGAAGCGGCUGGCUAUGGGGUUUACACAAGCAGAUGUUUGCUAUGCCGUGGGAGCUUUGUAUGGAAAGAUCUUUACCCAAACAACAAUAUGUAAGUUUGAGUCAGUCCAGCUAACUUACAAGAAUAUGUGCCGGAUUAAACCCUUUCUACAACGCUGGCUGAAAGAAGCUAAAAACAAUGACCACCUUCAAGAGAUGAUCAAUCAGCAACAGAUGCAGGCUCUAGCACUGGCUCAGUCCCAGAGGAAGAAGAAACGAAGGACAGGCAUUGGCCACAUUGCAAAAGUCAGCCUGGAGACAUAUUUUACAAACAACCCCAGACCAUUUACCCAGGAAUUGGCACAGAUUGCCCGGGACCUGCAUAUGGAGAAGGAUGUGGUCCGUGUGUGGUUCUGUAAUCGCCGUCAGAGGAAGAAGUCUUUGGUUGUGAAGGAACUUAGUAACACAGGUCAUGAACCACAACACAUUGUCCCUCAAGUUGGAGUUUUUUCCCAUCAGAUGCCAUUUUUAGGAUAUAUGUCUGGGUCACCACCAAUGUACAAUCCUGCCUUUCACCACAAAAACAUGUUCCAACAGCUACAUGUGCCUUAUGGAAUGCAGCUUGGAAACCAAAUCUGCUAACUUUGAGUCUAAGACUUCUUGGAAAUGGGACUACUGGCCUUCCCUGCUUGUAGCAGGAUUGUGUUCUGGCUCCGGUGUGAAGACUUUUUAUAUUUUAACUUUAAAUUUUAGAGCCUUUUCAUGCUUCACAAGACUUGGUAUCUAAUUUUUUAAUCUCAUAUUUGCCACUGUCUUCCUCUGAGGUACAAAGUGGAUAUCUUUCCUUAAAUUAGGUGUUGACUAGGGAGAGCUCAGGGCCAUUGUUAUCAAAAAAUAGGUAUGUUAAACUGUCUUCUAUGUCAACCAGUUUUGCUAUCCGGUGCUAACAAGGUUGAGAUGGAAAGAUCUCCUGAAGUUUGGAUACGAGAUACCGGACUUCCAGCACGAGGCUUAUGGGGGACUAGCUAUAGAGAUGCCCAUUCUUGAGUUGGGAUUAUUAAGGAGGGGAACUGGGUAAACGCUGGAAUGUUAUGAUGUCCCUCAAUAUGCAAAAUGGCCCAUCUGUCCUCGGAUGAGUUAUAGGGAGCUUUUUGUAGUGAGACC